GACGCGAGACAGGGGCGGAACAGAGGCUGCGCUGCAGAAGAUCGCACACCGCCAGCUCCAUACAUACAGAGACGUUCUAUCAUUGUACACACACACACACACACACAUACACACACUUCACGCGCAGUCUGUCAGCGUCCCCUUACCCAUCUCGUUCUCUUUCGCCGCAGGGCGCCUCUGCAGUUGUUGCGCGUGCAAGUUUGCACUCUUUACCUUCGCAGUCACCAGUAGGUAUUGUCUAGGAGGUCCGUCUCUUCCUCCCCGCCUCCUCAGCAGUGACUGCAGCUGAUUGACAUUCCUGCAGAUCAAAGAUCGCUUUCAUUCGCUGUUAUGGAAACUCGCAGCUGCGGCAGUUUCUCUGGCGCUCCGUGAGACGCUAAAGCGGACGGGAGAGAGCAGACCAUGACUCUGGAGCCGUCCGCGUGAAGAAUGGGGACGCGGAUACUGCAGCCAUGGCCAGAUCAGCAAACAGCAGAGCCAGCGACGGGGACUCGCGCGUGUCAGCCCCUCCGGACCGGGCCGAGGUUCGGGACCUGGCGGACCCCAGGGAGCUGUCUCUGGAAGAAGUGCUGAAAUCCUACGAGCAGCCCAUUAACGAAGAGCAGGCGUGGGCGGUGUGCUAUCAGUGCUGCAGCGGACUGAGUGAGCCGCUCCCGGCCGCGGAGACAGGAGGACUCUCUCGGGUUAAAGAUCCGUCCUCUAUCCUCCUGCACAGAGACGGGACGGUCUCCUUGCAGCCAGAGCAUACCAGCAGCAACGAUGAGGAGAAGAGACCUCACCCCCUGCCUGUCCCAGAACACCAGUUGGUACAGUCCCUGGGAGUGGCCAUUUACCGGGCACUGGACUGGGGUCUGGAUGAGAGUGAGGAGCGGGAACUGAGCCCGCAGCUGGAGCGGCUCAUCGAGCGAAUGGCGGGGGGUGAGAACGGUAGCAGUAGCGGCACGGCAGACGAGGGCUACAGUGGCCAGGAGGAGGAAGAGGAGGAGGAGGACGAAGAGGGGACGCUGCGCGCGGUGUGCUCCUUCCGCCAGGCGAUGGCGCUGUGCGCCGCCCGUCUGGCCAACCCGGCGCUGGCCUCAGAGCACUACCAGGCCGUGUGCCGCGCCCUCUUUGUGGAGACGCUGGAGCUGCAGACCUUCCUCACCAGGAUUCGAGAUGCCAAAGAGAUGCUUAAGAAGAUCCGGACUGAGGAGCCGCUGGAAGACAGGUGCACCGCUGAGCUGGACGCCCUGAAACACACAGACUGGGCGCGUCUCUGGGUGCAGCUGAUGAGGGAGCUCAGGCAGGGCGUGAAGCUGAAGAAGGUGCAGGAGCAGCAGUUUGACCCGCUGCCCACGGAGUUCCGCCUCACGCCCUUCGAGAUGCUCAUGCAGGACAUCCGCGCUCGCAAGUACCAGCUGCGGAAAGUCAUGGUGGAUGGUGAUAUCCCCACACGGGUAAAGAGAGAUGCCCAUGAGCUCAUUCUGGACUUCAUCAGGUCACGGCCCCCGCUCAAACCUGUGUCAGAGAGGAGUCUGCGGCCCCCCCUGCAGGAGCAGCAGUCCCUGCACGAGCGCAUCCUCGCUGAGAUCAAGCAGGAACGCAAGCUCAGACCCGUGGAACCGCCCAGCUCCAAGAGAACAUUCGGCUCUCUGCCUUGUCUGGUCCACACCUGCCCAUGUGACGUGAAGUCCACUUCCUGUAUAAACCUGUCAGUCAUGGAUGCUGGUGCCCGCCCCCCUCCCCGUCCACGGGUGUUACUCAAGGCCCCCACCCUGGCGGAGAUGGAGGAGAUGAAUAUUUCUGAGGAGGAGGAGUCUCCAGAUGGCGGGGACCUUCGGCGGGCGGAGAGCUCUCCUACGCCGCUGAAACGGGACCGCUCCUUCUCCGAGCACGACCUGGCCGAGCUGAGGGGGGAGCUGCUUCCUUCCCUUUCCGAAACCGCCCAGCUGGGCGGUGCCGUGGUGAGGAGGGGGGAACGUCCGCGGGCACGCACCCUGGGGGGCGGAGGGCCCCCACCUCUGCACAGAGCUUCUCUCCCAGUGCAAGGCUGGUUUCCCCCCUCACCAGGGCCUCUCUGCGCCUCGCGGGGCUCCCUAAGCUCUGUGGAUGAGAGGAGUGAGAGGAGUGAGGGGAAAGAGGGCGGGGCACCCACCCAGGAGGGUGAAAAACACCAGUGGAUGGAAGAGUUUAGCCACCCAGUGGAAAGUCUGGCGCUGACGGUGGAUGAGGUCAUCAACGUGCGCCGAGUGCUGGUGAAGGCAGAGAUGGAGAAAUUCCUGCAGAGUAAAGAGCUGUAUAACAGCCUACGGAAGGGCAAGGUAUGCUGUUGCUGUAAAGUUAAGUUCCCCCUCUUCUCCUGGCCGUCCACCUGCCUGCUGUGUAAAAGGUCUGUCUGUGGAUCCUGCAGUGCCAAGAUGAAGAUUCCUUCCAAGAAGAUGGCACACAUCCCAGUCUACACCGUGGGGUUUGAGAGCAGCGCCGGCAGCCACGCCCGCAGGAGUGAUCUCUUCAAGUCAGUCCGCAGCAUUUCUCAGCGCUCUGUGGAGGAGGAGUUUCCUCACCUGUACGCCCACGGUUGCAGUCUGAGGGACGUCUGCGCCGACUGCACCAAGUUUGUAGCUGAUGUCAUUUCCUCCAGCCGCCGCAGCCUGGAUAUCCUCAACAACACACCCAAGAGGGAGAGAGCUCCGCCCGCACAGCACCCGCAGCCACGCCCAUCGCCCCGCCCUCACGCACUGAGCAGGAAGAACAUGUAAAGAGAUGACUGACCGACAAUAACCCCCCCCCCACCUCCCCACCCACGCUGCCCCAUGGAAUGUCCCUCCACGUGUCGAACAGGGGGCUGAAGACACACCUGCCUUAUCACACAACCCCUUUACCUUAGCAGGAGGAGCUCGGACAGGGGAAGAGGGAGGAGCAGAGUGACUCAGAGUAGGAGGAGCUGAAAGAUAUGAAGAGGGAGGGACUAAAGAGGACAAAUAAGGAAGAGCGAAAUAAGACACAGAGGGAGAAGCCAAUCAAGACACGGAUGGAUGAGCUAGGUGCCUGACUGGGAGGACCUGAGAGUGGGACAAAGGGAGGAAAAGGUAUAAUUUCCCCAGUUGCCAAGUUUUCUCUUCUUUUCCGGCUGCCAUUUUUUAUGCUUUGAAUAUAUUUUUUUUCUAAAGCUGUAAAUGCCUUCUCUGCGGAAACUUCCCUUCUCCCAGCCAACCUUCACACUUCAAGUACACCACAGCCUAGAGACCUAGAGGAGGCAAACAGGAAGUAGGUGCAGGGGCUUUUUGAGUGGGAGCAAGGGGGCCAGAUGUUUUCACUGUGCAGAAACCAAGGACACCCCCUUAUCCUACUGCCACUCCCCUGACCACCCCCAGAUUCCUCAGCCUCUCGCUGCAGGCAGAGACCAGCUGCAGGCCCAGCACCGGCAGUGCAGAGACAGUAGCAGGAAGCGUACGAGUGGAAACGGAUAAAGCAAAGCAUGGAUUUCAUUCCCUGCCGACUGACACUGCUGGCUGAUACAGGCUGACUUAAAAUGUGUGCUGAUUGGAUUUUCCGUGAUGUUUUGUGCCUGGUUGUAACGUAAUGAAAGGACCGUUUGAAUGCUGUGAUGCCCAUGGGCAGGCACCUAUCUGGCCUGGUCAGUAUGUGGUGCUUGUUUGAGUCAGUCACUUGUCUGACCUGGGGGCAGUCUCAGCUGUCACAGACAUGUCUUCAGACUCUCUGCCUCAAGGUCUCCUGUGACCCUCCAUCUCUCCCUGGAGCUCCUCCUUCCCUGGACCCCCACCACACCCCCUCUCCCUUUCCCU